GCGGGCUUAUUCCAAUACCAAAACCAUCCAUUAUUUUUCAACCCAUAACAAAAUCGCUUUUAUAAAAAGCCAUCACUCUCAUUAAAACCCUUCACAAAUUCAUUCUCAUUUUCUUCAAACAACAAUUCUAAUAUAACUCACAAAAUUUUAUAGAUCAUUGUUUUCAGCAUGUUGGGUAAGAGAUCCCAGCACUUGAUCCGAAAAUUUUCAGAAUUGUUAGUGUUCGGUGAAACUGCCACCGCGCUUUUGGACACAAUCGGAAGUCCAAGAAGCCCGUUUGAAAUGAAUUCAAGGAUGCAAAUUCAAUCACCGAAAUUUGGUGGUGGUGGUGUUGGUCUUGGAAUUGUGGUGGCUCUUGAUAAAUCCGAGGAAACCGGAUACGAGGUUGUUCCAAAACAACAUGUUUGUACAUCACCAAUCCCAAUUCAAAAGCAUCAACAGAAUCGAUUAUUUGAAAACGCGAUUCUUGUUGGAAGUCCUGAAGAUUACACGUACGUUACAUACCGUGAUGAAUCCAACAAACCCGUCACUAAGGUUUUUUAUGAUGCGGGUGAAGAAAGUGGAAUUUUGAGACAUGAUUAUUAUUAUAAUAAUAAUAAUACCUCAAAAAACAACAACAACAACAACAACGUUGGUGUUUUUCGAAGAUCCCCUCCAACACAAACUUUUCUGGAAGCUGAACCGUCGUUUCUCACUUUGGAUUUUCUCAAUUCCUGUCAUUUAUGCAAAAUGAAUCUAGAUGGCAAAGACAUAUUCAUGUACAGAGGAGAGAAAGGAUUUUGUAGCACAGAGUGUCGUUCGAAGCAAAUAAUGAUGGAUGAGAGAAAAGAGAAGUGUAGAUCAGAAGCUUCAAGUUCUUCAUACACAAAGGAUCAAAUGUUUUCAACAGGAAUUAUGGCACUUUAGCACUUUAUGAUUAAGGUUUAUACUAGAUAUGAAAAUUAAGAUACUUUGGUCUAAACCAAAAGGAAUUUUUGAUCGAAAAAGUUAUAGAGAUUUUGUUAAUUUUUGAAACAUAAUUAUAAUAAAUUGUUUCUUCUUUUUUAUUUGGCAAUUUUCUGUUGCAGAGGAUUAUGAACUUGGGAUCUCGAUUGCACAGAUUUUGUAUGUUCUGUCCAAAACAAGAACUUGUUUAAUCGGAUAUUUUCUGAUUUCGAAUUUUCUA